AUGGGCUGCUGCACGGGGCGCUGCACGCUCAUCUUCCUCUGCUCGCUGCAGCUGCUGGCAGCAUUAGAGAGACAGAUCUUCGACUUCCUUGGUUUCCAAUGGGCUCCUAUCCUUGGCAAUUUCUUACAAAUAAUAGUAGUCAUUUUGGGUUUAUUUGGAACCAUCCAGUUUAGGCCUCGAUAUAUAGUUGUGUACACGGUGUGGACUGCCCUGUGGGUCACCUGGAAUGUGUUCAUUAUCUGCUUCUAUUUGGAAGUAGGCGGACUCUCUAAGGAAACUGAUCUCAUGACCUUUAAUAUCUCAAUGCACCGUUCUUGGUGGCGAGAGCACGGGCCUGGCUGCAUACGAAGAGUGGUGCGUCCUUCUUCUCCUGGCAUCCUAGAUGAUUACUCCUAUGUCUCUGUGACAGGCUGCAUAAUCGAUUUCCAGUACCUAGAGGUCAUUCACAGCGCUAUCCAAAUACUCCUCUCUCUGAUUGGAUUUGUGUAUGCCUGUUACGUGAUCAGUAUUUUCAUGGAGGAAGAGGACAGCUUUGAUUUUAUAGGCGGACUUGACACAUACUCCUACCGACAGCCCCCCCAGGAACAUGUUGAGUUAAAGCCUGUAAAGCCUGUCGAACUAAGUAAUGAACGUUCACUCAAGACUUCUGCUGUCGUAGCUGAAGAAACAGAUGUCAGAAGAAAAGACCAACCUUGUGACUCAUCGUUCUGGAAGAAACGCAUUGUCCGUUUCUCACAGCGCGUGGAUUGUUCUUCCCACAGGCUCAGUGUCAUUAUCAGCGUUGUUAUUUGGUAGAUCCUUGUAGAUGACUUGAAUUUUUGAAUGAUUUA